AUGGGUCCGAAAACCCUCUUACUUUUCUACUUAUGUAUUUCCCCCACAAGCGCAACCCCUAUAGUAAACGGCCGCUUCAAACCCACGGAGCCCGCCGCUGGAAAAUACCCCUACCACGCCAACCUCCUCCAAAAAAUAAAUUCCAAGCAAUUCUUCAGUUUCUGCGGGGGCAGUUUAAUCCACCCCAGCUGGGUUUUAACCGCCGCUCAUUGCAUCCAAGAAGACAAACAUUCAAAACCUUUUAAACCGACUGAGAUCUAUGCAGCGUUGGGGAGCAUCUACAGGAGUGGCAAAAACGGCCAACUUCACGCCAUUAAAAAAACUUUUAUUUAUCCGACGUAUCUCAGGACGGACAAGAACGACAUCGGGUUGUUGAAACUGAAAACACCUGCUAAACUAGGGUCGAAAGUGCAGCUAAUUCGGCUGCAUAUUAAUGAUCAAGAGCCGCUGGUGAAGAAGACGGCGUAUUUGACUGGUUUCGGGGUGAUUAAUGAUGCCCGUCGGACGCCGCACAGGAUGCGGAAGGCCAAAUUCCAUAUCACUAGUUACAAGAAAUGUACUGGUCAUCGCCGCUACUUGCACACGGAAAUCUGUGCAGCUUCUACUCUAGCGGAAGGGAAAGCUUGCGAUGGCGACAGCGGUGGGCCUUUGUUUAUCGUCAAAAAUAAAAAGCGCAUCCAAAUUGGAAUAACCAGCUAUUUGGCUCGGUCUGCAAACUGCGAACUGGUGCACAACAACUCGGUGUAUACGAGAGUUUCGGCCUACAUUGCGUGGAUAUCGAGAGUGACUGGAGUGAAUUUUAAAAAAUACAAUCAAGGAUGA